UGUGUGUGUGUGUGUGUCUGUCUGUCUGUCUGUCAUGACCUUACAAUGGCAGUUACACAUUUUCACCUUUGACCAUUUGACUGUCCAACCAAGCUACAAGUCAAGUGGUUGAUGAUCACAAAGUAGCACCCACUUUGACUUCAUGGCACAGCAGUAGAAAAGAAGUCUAUUAAAAAAACUAUAUUACAGCAUGCAAGUACUUUUUAUUGUACUAUCAGUAUAUGUUGAGAUAUAGUUAUUUUUUGGAAAAUCAAUGAAUUUCAACAAAGUCAAGUUUUUGAAUUCACACUAAAAUCCAAUAUUACCAUGAAACAGUUCUUAUUGAUUUGCAUCGUUGCCCUCAAUGGCCUAAUGUAUCUAGAUUGCCUGAUAUCAGACAGAAUUGCAAACUCAGCGCAGUGGGCUGAUUGGCCCUAGGCAAAUACCUGAGAUAUGUGGGGAUAACUACCAUGGUAUAAACAGUGUGGCAAAAUCUCUGAAGAUGGAGACCUUUAUAUUGUCUCAGGGGACUGCCCACCUUCAUUUAAACCCCAAGAAGAAAAUCACCCACCUUUUUAGCUGGUUGCUGAUGACAUUUGAGACUUGCCGAUCCAGAGCAACAUUAAACGGCAUAAAUGCAUAAUUACUGAUUGUUAAAGAUUGAUCCUCUGCCCUUGGUAAUGAGAAAGACAUGCACUUUAUUUUAAAAUUCAAAAGAUGGUUGCUGCCAAUGUUUUUAAAGCACUUGAUAAACAAAUCAAAGCCACAAUGUGACAGACUUUUCAUGAUUCAUGAUGGUUUGAUCUUUACCAAAGAUGAUACAGAGCUGAUGUGGAGAACAUACCGGAAACAGGGGUUGAUUUCUCUCUUGAUUUGACUAAAUUGUUGACCUAGCCACACAGGCGGUAAAAUCCAGUGUCUGAAAUCACCCCCAUACACACACACACACACACACACACACACACACACACACACACACACACAGCCACUUCAUGACUCAUGCCGUUUGACAAAGAUGCUCUUUAGCAGUGAGCUUUGCAGAGGGGGGGGAAAUACAGAUGUGUUAGAGUGUGCCUGAACGAUAAAGAUAGAAGCCCAUAGAAAAACGCAGGCUGGAUUAAGCUUCUGCUUUGGCUGUGAAACGGGGGGGAGGGAGGACGAGAGGCAGGAGAAAGCCAUUGUGGGUCGGCAGGAGAGAGAGACAGAGAGAGAGGGAGAAGGUUUGUGAGAGAGAUGGAUGUUUAUUUUAUAAUAUGCUAUUUGCAAUAGCAGCAUCAGAGAAAGAGGGAGGUGAAAGAGGGCAAAAUGCAGGAAAAGCAGGAUUCUCAGUGCCAAGCUCCAGGCAGGAAGGUAGGAGCUCACCCAGCUCUCAAAGCCUUUAUGUGCGGCUCUCUCAGCGGCACCUGCUCUACGCUGCUCUUCCAGCCUUUGGAUCUGGUCAAGACGCGGCUGCAGACCCUGCAGAACAAUGCCAAGCCUGGUGCACCAAAGGUGGGGAUGUUCACUGUUUUCAUCAACGUUAUUAGGACAGAGAAAUUCUUCAGUCUGUGGAAGGGAGUUUCACCAUCAUUUAUGCGCUGCAUCCCUGGGGUGGGCAUCUACUUCAGCACCUUCUACUCCCUGAAGCAGCACUACUUCCAGGAGCGGGCACCCAGCGCUGGCGAGGCUGUUCUGCUCGGAGCGGGUGCCAGAACUGUGGCUGGUGUCUGCAUGCUGCCUUUCACAGUCAUCAAGACACGCUUUGAGAGUGGCUGUUACAACUAUGUGAGUGUGGCAGGAGCUCUGAGGAGUGUGUAUGAGACGGAGGGAGUCAGGGCUCUGUUCUCAGGGCUGACUGCCACGCUGCUCCGAGACGCUCCAUUCUCUGGCAUCUACGUCAUGUUCUACAGCCAGGCCAAGAAGGCGCUGCCUCAAGAGGUGACUUCUGCGGCCUAUGCUCCGCUGGUGAACUUCAGCUGUGGGGUGGUGGCAGGCGUAAUGGCGUCGCUCGCCACGCAGCCAGCAGACGUGGUGAAGACCCACAUUCAAGUCAGCCCAUCCCACUGGAGCAUGACGGAUGCAAUCCACUACAUCUACAUGGAGCACGGCAUGCGUGGGUUUUUUCGUGGAGCUGUCCCCAGGUCUCUGCGACGCACUCUGAUGGCUGCUAUGGCUUGGACUGUUUAUGAACAGCUGAUGGCUCAGAUGGGCCUCAAAUCCUGAAGAGCAUGGGUGUUGAGCAACAAUAAACAGGAUGAAAUAUGAGGGAAUAAUGAUAGACAUUAUUUCACACUGAAAGACGAAAAUGCAGCUGAGGAGCCUGUAGAGACAGUGAACCAGCAAGAUUUGGAGAAGAUGAACCAGGUGGAUAGAUGUGAGCGAGUAAGAAUGCUGUGAGUGCGUGUGUGUUAUUUAAAUGUUUGUGAAAAUGUGCCUGUUUGUGUCUGUAAGUUUGAGAUUGUGAUGUUACACCUGACACACUCUAAAUGUCAAUCUUGGACUGAAGUGACACUCCCUGCUGUGAAGUGAUCUUAUUCCUCCUCUCAUUAUUUAUGUUUGGACUGCCUGAGGUGUGGCUGCCAGUAAAAAAAAAAACACCCCUGAGAGAGGGCCUGUGACUGUGCGGCAGCAGAGUUGUCUCUCACACGGUAUUUUAAAAUGCUGUUAAGACAAACUGGACAUUCAGCGAGCUGGUGUACAUCUGCUGAGGUAACUAAAAGCAAAGCACUGCAGAGAGAGGCGCUAUGGUUUCUGCCAUAUUUACAAAACUUGUGUAAGAUUGAGCAAUGUUUCUUUGUUGCCAAGUAACAAGCAGACUUAGAUAUUUAAUUUGUUUGAGGCACGGACAAUCACAAGUAUUCACACAGUAGCAUUAUGGGAAGAAAAUCACAAUAUAGCCUUUGAUGCGGUACAGCACAAUACUAUGCUAAUUUAAAGAUGUAUUAUGAUAGUCCUUUACAUCAGGGCUUAAAAACAUAGGAGAAAAAUACUCAGACCUGUUAUGGCAUUUUGGUCAGAUCAGGAUUUUGCAGAUUUUAAUGAGUUUUGUAAUUGAAAUGCAUUUUUUUUGUGAUAGAAACAGCGAUGCAGUUUGCAUUGUUUCCUGUCUCUAAAGGGACAGUUCAACCUCAAAAUCUAAAAUACAUAUUUUUCCUCUGACCUGUAGUGACAUUUAUCAGUCUAGAUUUUUUUGAUGCGAGUUGCCGAGUGUUGGAGAUAUCGGCUGUAAAGAUGUCUGCCUUCUCUCACAAAUAAUGGAGCUAGAUGGCACUGGGCUUGUGGUGCUCAGAGCGCCAAAAAUAAAAACAAAACAAACAUAAAAACUCAACAGCAAUGUCUCUUUCCAGAAAUCAUGACCCGGUUACUCAAGAUAAUCCACAGACCUUGUGAGCAGUUUCAUGUAGGUAGAAAGAAAAUAGUUCCUACAUGAAACUGCUCACAACAAGGUCUGUGGAUUAUCUUGAGUAACUGGUUCAUGAUUUUAUUGUAUUUAUUCAUUUAUUUAUUUGCUGAGUGCCAUUGAGUUCCAUGAUUUUUGAGAGAAGACAUCUCUACGGUCGAUAUCUCAAACACUCUAACCCACACCAAAACAUCUAGAUUGAUAGAUAUCUCAACAGGUAAGAGGAAAAAUAUGUAUUUCUAAAUUUGAGUACUGUCUCUUUAAGAAAGCACUUUUAUAAUUUGACUUUUCUUCUGCACGUUAGAUAAAUAUUUUAAGGACAGGGUGAAAUUGCUGUUUACUUCAGAUUUUGUUAAAGUCAGUCACCUCACUUCCUGUGAGCAUUUUUCCUGAACAUUAAGCUUGCAAGUGAAGCAUUGCUUCAUCAAUGUGCUACUGUGUUUAUAGAAGUUACAGAAUCCUCAUCAGUGCUGGCGAGAUGUGACUCUUGAUGUGUUCCAGUGUCUUCCUGGCUUUGUAAAUAUUUGACUAAAUAGAGAAAUAUUGGUUGUAACAAACAAAGGCCCUAUUUUUAUGUUCAUUGUACAGUCUGCCCUUUGCUAUUAAUAUUAUUUAUUAUUGUUAAUAUAAAAAAAAGAGGUGAUAUAUGUGUUUAUAGAAAUAAUGCCAAAUGGAGGAUCUCUUAAGUGGAGGAGAUUGAAGACGUAGACAAAAUGGAUCACUACACACAACGUGUAAACACACUGAAGGUAUUUGGAAGUCUUGGUAACAUGACAGAAAGGUCACUGACGUCCAGUGUGAUGUAACGUUGUAAAGGUAGUGAAGCAGAAAGAGACAUUUAAUGACAUGAGUUGAUUUUAGUGUUUGCUGUGUAUCUAACUGUGCCCUUCAUGUACCGUAAUUCACAAAUGGAAGUUUUAGCUCGUCAGUUAUCUUCAUCAUCACACCACUCCUGUUGUCUUCGUCGAUCCUCCAGUGUGACUAUAUUGUUUAUAUUAUAUUUGGUCUGUGCAUGUGUUUGCUCAGACAGACACUGUGCCUGCCUGGUUUGUUAAUGUCAAUAAAUUUUCUUCUUUUUUAAAAAAUAAUUUUGA